UAUUUUUUUCUUCUUUCUCCUUCUUCUCCCUCAAUCUUCCUCUUUCUCUUCUUUUCGUGCCGCCCCUCACUCUCAUUGUCAAACCAUCAAAUACACAUAACCAAUAGCGUAACACACGUUCAGCUCCUCAUAGCUCCCGUUGCCAUUGUUUUUGCCCCAUAAAGUAAACAAAAGAAAGAAACAUUGAAAAUCCCAAUUACCCUUUGUUUUCUUUUUGUUUCCACAAUCAUAUCUGGGAUUGGAUUGAUCUGUGGGAUUUAUUUUGAUUCAUGUUAAGGUUUUAAUUAGGGGGAGAGUUAUCAAAGGAGAGAAAGAGGGAGAUGGGAUCAGAAAUUGGAAUCAAAGUAAGGAAAGUUGUUGUCAUUUCAAUCAGAGGUGGUUACAGAUCAGCUUGCAACCAUCCAUUCCUUGUGGGUUUUUUUUGCUUCUUGCUUUUGUUGUACAGAUCUUUUCCUUUUCUGUUUUCUGUUUUGGUCUCUGCAUCUCCUGUUUUGGUCUGCACUGCUAUUCUGCUUGGGACCCUUCUCAGUUUUGGGCAGCCAAAUGUGCCUGAAGUUGAGAUAGAAGAGAAAGUUACUCAUGACAUUUCAUCCUUCCAAGCCGGGUUUUCUGAGGGUGACACUGUUUUUGCUGACAGAGAUGAGAGCUAUUUUGUGAAGGGCUAUUCAGAAAAUAGGAGUGAUGUGGAAGAGAGGGGCAUUGAGGAGGAAGCAAGUUUGGUUAGUGAGAGGGAUAAUAGGGCCGAAGAAGAUCAAGGCUUGCUUUCUGACUUGCCUCCAGAUGAUGAAAAGUUGCCGGAUUUUCAGCCCAAGAAGCAAGAAAAAGAGGAAGUGGAGAGGGAAAGGGAAUUCCAUAGUUUUGAGUUGGGAAAGAAUAGGGAAGUUCAUGAAGAAAACCUUAGGUCUGAAGCUGUUUCAAGUGAUGAUGAAGCUAUUGAGAAACAAUAUGUCAUGGUUCGAAAGGUGGAUGAUGAUAUUCUUGAAUUUGAAAAUGAGAAAACUCCCGGAGAUCAUGUGGACUUUUCUGCCAGCUCAUCUUGGAAACAGGUGGAAAACGACGGUGACGAGGAUGACUCAGUGGAAUCAGGUUCUGAUGGGGCUGAGAGCUCUUCACCAGAUGCUUCCAUGGCUGACAUCAUUCCAAUGCUUGAUGAACUCCAUCCACUACUAGACCUAGAUGCUCCACAGCCGGCUCAUGUGUCCUGUGAUGGUUCUGAUGCUGCAUCUGAGAAAAGUGAUGAUGACAGUGUUGAAUCAGACGAUGAUACUGAAAACCAUGUUGAUGCGGACGAUGAUGGUAUUGACGAGCCCGAUGAUGAAGAGGAAGAAGAAGUGGCGGGUGGCAAAGAAGAGGAUGAAAGUAAAUCUGCUAUUAAGUGGACAGAGGAUGACCAAAAGAAUCUCAUGGAUCUGGGAAAUUUAGAGCUGGAAAGGAAUAAAAGAUUGGAGAAUCUUAUUGCUAGGAGAAGAGCAAGGAGAUUGAUGGAUGAGAAGAAUCUAAUAGACUUAGAUUGUGUUGAUAUUCCCUGUAAUGUUGCACCUAUUGCUACGACCAGACAUAACCCAUUUGAUUUUCCUGAUGACUCCUUUGCUGCCAUGGGAUUACCACCCAUUCCUGGAUCUGCUCCGUCUAUUCUACAGCCUAGGAGAAACCCUUUUGAUAUUCCCUAUGACUCAAAUGAAGAAAAACCUGAUCUUAAGGCGGACAGUUUUCAACAAGAGUUCACAGUGUUUCAUCAAAAAGAGGCCUUUUUCCGGCGGCAUGAAAGUUUCAGUGUGGGAUCAUCAGUAUUGGGGUUAUCCAAGCAAGAGAGGUAUGAUUGGAAACCUGUCUUUAUAUCUGAAAGGAUGGCUUCAGAGGGAACAAGCUAUCCUUCAUUCCAGAGGCAAUCAAGUGAAGUAAGUGAUUCAAAGUUGAGUUCUGUUCCAGAUACUGAAUCUGUGAGUUCAAUUGAUCAGGAUGACGGGAAGUUCAGUGAGCAAGACUUGUCUCAAGAAACUGAAUUAAUAUCUAACAUUGACCAUGCUUCUGAUGCUGUUGAACAUGGAAGCCAAUCCUCUGGAGAAAAUGAUUCUGUGGAGAUAAUCCAAGUUGAGGAGAGCAAUGCUCAUCAUGAUGAAGUGGAAAUAGUGCUGGGUGGGGUGGAAGAUCCUUCUGAGAUGGUAUUCUUUCCUAAAACACGAGAGGUUGAAAUUCAUGAACAAUUCAAUGCGGGGGAAACACAUUUGAGAAGAGAACCAAGUGAUGAGGAAAGUGUUGGCAGCAGCAGAUCAAGCCAUUCUUCACUAUCAGAAGUAAUUGACAGCAUACCUGAUGAAAACAUGGAAAAAGAGGAAAAUUUGCAGCAAGGAGAUGGUCAUCUCUCUGAAUCUGGAAUUUCAACACAAGCUUCAGUGGAGGAAUCAGACUUCCAGCAAGUUAGUGGUGAGGUGGAAGAAAAUCACCAUGUGGACCCUGUUUAUGAUCUUAGUCCACAAGCUUCUGAAACACUCCAAUCGAUUCCUUCUGUAUCUUCUCAUGAUUCUGCUAUGGAGUUGUCCGAGAGGGCAUAUCCUGCUUCAGUAGAAAUGACUGCUAAUGUGGCAGAUGAAGAGUCUGAAGUGCAUGAUCACAGACAGGAAGGUUAUACUUCUGGUCAUGAUAAAAAUCAAGCAACCUCUUCCGAACUACAUGUGGAAGCCAAAAAUGAACUGAGGUCUGAGAAAUCUGAAGAUGUUAAUAAUAUUACUGCAAAUGAGUUAUCUGCAGUUGCCCCAAAUUUUGUUGAUCAUAAUGGAUCUACAAUGGCUGAGCCUCAAGUUGUCCCUGUUUCUGUGGAUUCAAAUUUGUCUUUCGAUAUUGGAUCAAUAAAGGAUGUGACUAAUUUAGGCUUAGUUCAUGGACAGGAUCUAGCUGACCACAUACGUGCUGAUUCUGAAAUUCUUCAUCAAGACAAUGUAGAUUCUCCAGAUUCAGAUUAUCAAAUGGCUUCUGAAAAGUCACAUCUAUCAGAUAAUGAAUCUGUGGAGGAAUCUGCACUGCCCAAUGCAGAAUCAAGAUUUGAUAAUGCAAAUAUGUCUACGCCAGUCCAAGAUGCAGAUGAAAUGUUUGAUUCUCCAGAUUCAGAUUAUCAAAUGGCUUCUGAAAAGUCACAUCUAUCAGAUAAUGAAUCUGUGGAGGAAUCUGCACUGCCCAAUGCAGAAUCAAGAUUUGAUAAUGCAAAUAUGUCUACGCCAGUCCAAGAUGCAGAUGAAAUGUUUGAUUCUGCGGCUUCUGAUGCCCACCAUAUUUCUUCUAAUGGUUCAUCUAUGCCUGCACCACAGGAUUUUCAGCUUUCACCUACAGCAGGGCCAGCACCAGUGGUUCAUCCUAAUUUACCUUCUGAAGAAACUGAACAUAUAGAGAAGUUUUCAUCAAAUAAUGAUGCCAUAUUUCAGAUUCAGCAAGGUAAAGUCAACAUCCACCAAGAUUUGGAUAAGAAUAUGGUUGCAUUCACUUCGGACAGUCAACAUGAAAUUGAUGUGAAGUCUCCCUCUAACUUGGAGAAUAAUCUGUCAAGCUCUGAUAAAUCAGUUGUUGCACAAUCUUCUAGUGAUCAUGAUGAAAUUCAGAGUUCUAAUGCUAUCCAGGUUGAAUCUGCACAUGGUUUUGGCACUUCCAAUGAUGAAGUUGGAGAAUUGCAUGAUGCAGCUGACAAAUUUCCUCCAAGCAUUUAUUCUGUGACCUCUGAAAAAUUUGAGACCCCUGAAUUUGGGUCACCCACUGGUGAAGCAGAUUUGGAAGUUGAUAGGCACAGGGAAGUUGAAAAUGAAGACCAAAAUGAAGUGUUAGAAACUGCACUUCCUUCAGAAGAGAGCAUAUCUCAGGUUACUGAAGAAAAUAGCAAUGAAUUUGAUGAUAUGAAGGAAAUUGACGAAGAAUUCUUGUCAGAAUUGGACACUGUUGGAGACUUUAGUGUCAAUGAUGCUGGUGUAUCACUUCAUACUGACGUUGAACAUGAGAAAACUAGAGAUGCUCAACUUAGUUCAUUCCCUAAGGAUGUAAAGACAGAAGAGGUUGAGCAGGACAUCCCAGUUCUUGAAGCAAGAUCACUUGAAGAUAUUAACUUGGCUUUUAAGCAACUUCAAGAAGGAGUGGAUGUUGAAGAAGUCAUCCUUCCAAGUACAAUUAAGGAUCAGGAUGUCAGUGAAGAAUCUAGAGAUCAUCUGGAAGUUAAUUCAGACCUUCAAGUUGUUGAAGCCAGAUCUCUAGAAGAUAUUAACAUUGCUUUAAACCAAGUCUCUGAAGGUAAUAAAGGGGAGUUGCCAAAUUCUUUGGAUUCAAAAGACACUUCAGUCAAAGUAGAAGAGAAUGAAGUUGGCUCAGCCAAGGUGAAUGAAUUCUUUGAUGUAGCAACCAGUUCUGAGGAAAUGAGCAGAACCACAGUGGAUAAAUCGGAAGAUGUACCUAAUAGCAGCUCGGGUAACGAGGAAAAAUCCCACAGUAGGAAAUCUAGUUCCAGUUCCAGCUCCAGCUCGAGCUCAAGUGAUUCUGAUUGAUACCAAGUGGCCACUUUGAGCAAGAAGAGUAUAAGUUUCUCAUUUAUGUUGUUUUAUUUAAUUUUUUCUUCAGUGAUGGGAAUUUGGGUAUUUAGCCUUGGCACCAAUCAUGUCUUGGCUAAUAGUAUUCAGGUCAGGUUUCUUAAAUUUUGUUGGAUUGGUUUCUUCAAGAAUGAGUUUUUGGUUUUAUUUCUUGAAGCGUGCAGUUUUUUGUUCAAUUUUAUCCCACUUAGUGUGAGCAAUUUGGCAAAUAUGGGUUGAGUGUUUAUUUCCAACAGGUGCACAUUGUGUAGUCCAAAAAGAAAAAGAAAUUGGAUUAUUGUACAUUAUACUUCGAUUGUAGAAAUGGUGGUCGGACUUUGUUUUUGUGUAUACAUCAAGCAGUUGUUCUGUUUUUCUUUU